CAAAGAUGGCGACCCACAAGGCAGAGUGGAUUCUUGUCUAAAGCCUGGGUUGAAUGGCAUGCUGUAAUAUUUCGAUGAAUAGAAAGCUUUUUGUAAAUUAUAUAUUUCAGUUUUAGAUUUGAAUACAGUUGAGAGGGGAAUGGCUUUAAGAGGAAUAUGUCGCAGUGUCCGGCAGGUGUUGGGUCAAAUUCAUCAAAGUCGUCCGACUGUAGUUUCUAAUCAAACAGCUCGAUGUUUGAGUCAGGCAGCCUCUGAGCCGGAGCCCAGCACUGAUCAUAAUGAAGCUGUGAGUCCGACCUUUGAGAACAGAAACCCCCGGAACCUGGAGCAGCUGGCUCUGGCUGUGAAGGACCGAGGCUGGAAGACGAGCUGGCCCCACAGGGAGUUCUACCACAGGCUGGUGUUUUCUCGCACUCAGCACUAUGUGACGGCAGAAGUGUUCUCCAGCACCUCUUCUGACCCGGUGGUUACCUGUUCCACUAAAGAGUGGGCGGUGAAAAAGGAGCUGCCUUCCACACGCUGCGUGGCAGCAUGUCAGGCUGUGGGCGAGGUGCUGGCACAGCGAUGCCAGCAGGCUGGCAUCACCCGGAUGGUUUACAGGGAAAUUCCCUGGGCGUAUCGCUCUAAUGCUGUUCAGUCUUUCAGGACAGCGAUGAAAGAAGGAGGAAUUAUUCUCAGUGAACCCAAAAGAAAAUACAUUGGUACCUGAAUCUAUCACCUGAGCUGUUUUGUUAAACCGUCUACUUCCCCUUCCAGCGCCAGACUCUGGAAAGAAAAUCUAAAUAAAAUGGAAGUUGUUUUUUUUGUCCUGUAUAAAAUAUCUGUGAACAAAUCAGUUAUCCUCUGGUGCAUUAUUCAUAAAGAAAAAUGACAACACA